CAUAACAAGUGGUUUUGGAGAACAUUCGAUCAUUUUGCUUUCGUGAUGUCUCUUAAAGACCGUUCUUUCCCAUUGAGCCCCGGCACAGCUCUAUCUGUUUUCUGUUUGCUUCUUUACGCCGCUGGAUUCAUUCGAAUCGAGACCAAAUUCAAUGAUUAUGAACAAAGAUUGAAGACUGUGGAGGAAGUCAUAACUCAAAGUAAGAUGAGACAGGCGAGGAUACAUUUGCCUUCGGAUGAAAAAGUUUCAGUUGUACCCACCACCUCUAAGAAGCCUGAAAUCCGUCGACUGAGGCGUAGUAUUUCACACCCGCCUCCUUUUAAUAACUCAGCAAAGAUAAGAGAAAUGAUGGAAGACAUUAUUUCAUCUUCGUUGAAGAUUUGCCAGUUCAAAGGCAAUUUGAAUUUUUGUCCUCGUGGGCGGCCAGGACCUCCAGGGAGAGCUGGACACAAAGGAGAAAGGGGGAAGAAAGGAAGAAAAGGCCCUCGGGGAAUCAUGGGACCACCAGGAAGGAGCGGAAAACAAGGAAUUAUGGGACCACCGGGGAUGAGAGGAGAAAAAGGAAUAAAAGGUGACAUAGGGCCACCGGGUAUUUCGGGUAUCCCAGGGACCAAAGGUGAACCAGGAAGGUCCAUUUCAUCACCAAAGAUAACAAUCUCUCCACCUAAGCUAAUUGUCAACGAAACUAAAACAGCCUCGUUCCAAUGCUCUGUUUCGGGAAAUCCAGCGGCUCAAAUAUUCUGGUCAAAGGUCAAUGGAUCGUUUCCAGGCAACAGGACUAAAGUACGCUCAGACGGUCUGAUGCAAUUCAUUGGCGUUCGGAUGGAAGAUGCCGGCGAAUACAGAUGCAUGGCGCGAAAUAUCCUGGGAGAGGAUGAAAAAGCUGCUAGUCUCGUCGUUCAAAGUAAACCGAAGGUUUCCCUCUACUUUGGUCCUGUUUAUGUUGAAAAAGGCAAAAACGUCACUUUACCAAAAUGCCAUGUGACCAGUUUUCCUCCAGCAAACAUCACUUGGUCUAAAGGACGCGGUGUACUUGUGCAUUCUAGAACUGUUGUGAAAGACGGACAACUGUCAAUAAUAAGUACCCAAAAGAGAGAUUCUGGUUUGUACGAAUGCAAAGCCUCCAAUAUUCUAGGGCAUGACUCAGCUCUGACAAAUCUUGGUGUUUUUGAGCUGCCCAGGUUUACUGCCAAUCCUCCGGCUCAGAUUGCUGUUGAAACAAAAAGAAACAUUUCAGUCCCUUGUCGUGCUACUGGUGACCCUAAACCAAAAGUCACGUGGGUGAGAGAGAAGAGUGAGCUGCCCGUCGGAAGAUCACGUGUCAGUGUGGAUGGAACACUUCAGAUAUGGAAUACUAAAGGUGAAGACUCGGGCAUAUAUACCUGCACAGCCACCUCAGGAGGGUUGUUUAAGAAGUUCUCCGCUAUGAAACUGUCUAUUAAAGCAGUAUGCGAGCUGGCUGGUGUGGAGGACAGCAACAGAAUACCAGACGUCAGAAUGACAGCCAGCAGUUUUUACGAUAGUAGAUAUUAUCCUUACUACGGCCGACUGAAUGAAAGGAGAGGAAAAGGAGGGUGGUGCACUAAGACUACAACUGAUAGAACAGACUAUCUCCAGGUUGAUAUGGGUGAAGUGCGUUUCGUUUGUGCUGUGGCUACACAAGGAUUACGAAGUAACAAUGCAUGGACCACAAGCUAUAAACUACACCUGUCCGCAGACGGCUUAAAUUGGAAAACUUACAAGGAGACAAAUAUCGAAAAGAUCUUUCAAGGAAACGCAGACCAAAGCAGCAUCGUGAAACAUCCAGUCAGUAAUGAUAUCAAGACCAGAUACGUUCGGUUUUAUCCCGUCACGCAUCGAUUUCAUCCCUGUAUGAGGGUUGAAGUAUUUGUGCUAGAUUGACAAACAAAAGUAUUCAUUUAUCUAUCAGCACAAAAACUUAAACUGUCCCAACAACAGAUACUGUGGAUCUCAAGACAAUGCUUAUCAGGCCACAGAUAAACUGCUAACAAACAAACCAGAACAGAACAACAAAGAAAAAAUUAGACACAUUUUCACGUAAGCACUAGGGCAAAAGAAUAACAAGGUGGAUGAGGUUUUUGUUGGAAAAUUGCCGAGAGGAUGGUGCUUGUUGGUUUUGUAAAAUAACAACAAAAUGUCUCGUUAGGAAUUCUUAAACUCUUUCAAUGAAAAAAAAAGCUAAACUGAAUUUCGAGGAUUGGGGAGGCUCUUUUACAGGUCAAAUGACAACGUCUUUCCACCCCAGACUAUCUGGAAUCUUCUUUAUUAAAAUAUAAACCUAUCUUAGUAUUAUUAAUUUUCUAGGAUAGUUUUAAUGUCAGAUGACGUACGUAUGAUUAUGUAAAGUUUUGUAGAGUCAAAUCGUCUCGAAAAAAAAAGAUAGAAAUACCUUUCAAAACAAAAACAAUAACAAUAACAACGAAUCCGCUGCUCCUCCAGCUGGUUGACCAGUUCAAACAAGAAUGCAAAGACAUGAAACAUGAAGUAGGAACAUCUUUUUUAAUGUCAUUCCUAUAAUAGAUUCUACAGCUGCGGUUGGGAAGAAUAAAAUCUAGUAUUGUUCAAGUGUCUCAGCAAUUGCAUGCAACACCAGGUUUUCUAUAAAUAAGAUAAAGUAAAAAUUAAAUGUACGCUUCGGUGAGUGGUAAGCGAAUUAAUUUUAUGUAUAUUAUCUUGGAUAAUAUACAUAAUAAUAUUUUUCUUCCUGUGAAAACGUAAAACUUAUAUUUUACAAUUUUUAAUGAACAAUUCUUCGCAAUUCUAGUUUUAAAAUUUUUACAGAAGUCUCCUUCAUCGAAAAACUAACACCAAGGUCUAAAGGCUCGACUUUUCAAGAUUAUUUCAAUUCUGUGCGACCAGAAGUGUAGCUUUACAAGUUACUUUAAAAAAAACUUAUAGAUGAUAACAAUAACAGCUAGAUACCAACUCUACAUACAUACAAAACAAUGUGGAACACACUUAGUGAUAACAAUACAUUAUAUUUACAAAAUAUUCGUUGCAUGAUUAGGAUGGAAUGGAGUUUUCAGAGAUAUUCAUAGAGGAAACUUCAUUUAUCAUUUUAAUUUAUGUGUUUCCUUAUCAAAAGCAUCAAGACUUUUAAAAUUUAGGAAUAGAAAAUCAGAUUUUGACACCCAUACCAGUCCAUUCUAUUUCUUAAGGUAAUAGUUUUAUUGUUUGAUUUUUAAAACUUUUAAUUUGGAACCCCCAAUUUAAUGAAAACAAGCAGAACACCUUUACAGGCCCUUCCAUUACUUACAGGUACUUUCGCAAAACGGACUCCUGAUGUAGUAAAUAUAGAAAAACUUAAACAGUUUCUUUUUAUUCAAGUAAAAGUUUACAUUAAGCCUAU